AUGUCAACAACGGUAUCGCCCACUAGCACAAUCACUGCUACCACUACCGUUACAACUACUGGCAAGCCACCAGUAACCUCGACCAUUGCCUCGACUACGGCCACUACAGCCACUACGACGGCCACGACGAUUGCAACAACUACUAGCAAGCCACCAGUCACGACCACUGCCUCCACCGUCGCAACCACUGCUUCCACCACGGCCUCUACCACUGCCUCAACUACCAGCAAGCCACCAGUGACGACCACUGCUUCCACUGUCGCCACCACUGCUUCCACGACAGCUUCUACCACUGCCUCCACUACCAGCAAUCCACCAGUCACGACAACUGCCUCCACCGUCGCCACAACUGCCUCCACCACCGCCUCGACCACUGCGUCAACCACUAGCCAGCCACCAAUCACGACCACAGCCUCUACCACCGCCACCACUGCUUCUACCUCAGUCACAACUACCGCUUCAACAACAGGUAUCCCCGAGGAGAAGAAGAAACUUACUUUGUCCGUCUUCAUUGACUCCAACAAGAAUGGUGCCAGAGACGCCACAGAGCUGCCCGCCUGGGACUUUAUCGGCAAUAUCACAAAGAAGGAUGGCACGCUCGUUCAACCAAUCGACUUGAAGAGCAACGACGGCAAGUGGAGUACCAUGCUCGCUCCUGGUGACUACUGCAUCAAGCUUGACCAUGUCAGCCGCCACUGGAUCUCAGGACCAGUUGGCACCGACAACAAGUUCGUCGAUGGCAAGUACUGCUUCACAAUGCCCAGCAAGGACCUGAAUGUACCCUACGGAGUCGUCGCCAGUCCUUUGCCAAAGCUAAGUGUUGAGGUCUUCAUCGAUCGCAACCAGAAUGGUGCCAAGGAUGCUGGUGAGCAACCCGCAUGGGACUUUAUUGGCAACAUCACCAAGAAGGAUGCUUUGACCGAUACCAAGUUCAWCAACGGAGCCAAGGAUGCCGGAGAGGCACCUGCCUGGGACUUUAUUGGCAACAUCACCAAGAAGGAUGGCACCCUCGUCCAAAAGAUUGACUUGAAGAGCCAAGAUGGCAAGUGGAGCACCAACCUUGAGCCAGGCGACUACUGUGUCAUCCUGCAUCAUGAGACAAAAUGGAUCUCAGGCCCCCUUGGCACUGACAACAAGUUCUCCAACGAUAAGUACUGCUUCACGAUGGGCACCACCGACAUGACCGCCAUGUACGGCGCCAUUGGCAGGGACGACCAGAAGGUCAACCUAGAGAUCUUCAUUGACCGCAACCAGAAUGGUGCCUUGGACGCUGGUGAGGCACCUGCCUGGGACUUUGUUGGCAACAUCACCAAGAAGGAUGGCACUUUGGUUAUGCCAAUCGAUGUCAAGAGCACGGACGGCAAGUGGAGCAGCAUCCUAUCGCCUGGCGACUACUGUAUGAACCUGGAGCACAAGACACUAUGGGUCUCAGGUCCAGUUGGAACAGAUAACAAGUUCGUUGAUGGCAAGUACUGCUUCACCAUGCCAGUUGGACAGCUCAACAUCAAGGCCGGAGUCAUACCCAAGGCCCCUCUAAGCCUCGAGAUCUUUAUUGACACCAACUCGAACGGAGCAAAGGAUGCCGAUGAGAAGCCAGCAUGGGACUUUGUUGGCAACAUCACCAAGAAGGAUGGCACCUUGGUUCAGCCCAUCAACAUCAAAUCCAACGACGGCAAGUGGACCACCAAGCUGGAGCCAGGCGAUUACUGCAUCACGCUUGAACAUUCAUCCCAUGGAUGGAAGUCGGGACCUGUGGGAACCGACAACAAGUUCGUCGAUGGCAAGUACUGCUUCACACAGACAACCUCCGGUUCUGAUAUCAAGUACGGUGUGGUCGCCAAUUCAACUUCCAAACUCAAUAUUGAGGUCUUCAUCGACUCCAACAUCAAUGGAAACAAGGAUGCCGGAGAGAAGCCUGCCUGGGACUUUGUUGGCAACAUCACCAAGAAGGAUGGAACCCUCGUCAUGCCAAUUACCUUGGACAGCAACACUGGCAAGUGGAGCACUGACCUUACGCCUGGCGACUACUGUAUCACUUUGGAGCACACCAAGAAGUUCUGGCUCACGUCUGUGGUCGGCAACGACAAUAAGUUUGUUGACAACAAGUACUGCUACACUCAAGGCGCCACUGAUAUGAACAUCCUCUACGGAGUCAUGCCCAAGACCAAAUUGAACCUGGAGAUCUUUGACGACUCUAACAAGAACGGCGUCAGGGACGCUGGCGAGCCUGCAUCAUGGGACUUUGUUGGCAACCUAACAAGGGCUGACGGAACCCUUAUCCAGAAUAUUAACUUGACCAACAACGACGGCAAGUGGUCCAUCAAUAUAGAGGUUGGAGACUACUGCCUCAGACUUGACCAUAGUGGCCGAGGAUGGAUCUCAGGCCCAGUUGGCACAGACAACAAGUUCGUCGAUGGCAAAUACUGCUUCUCCACGACCAACGACGCUGACACGAACGUCAAGUACGGAGUCGUUAAGCCAGCAACAUUCAAUGUUGAGAUCUUUGAGGACCAGAACAAGAACGGUGCUAGGGACGCCGGCGAGCCCGCCACAUGGGACUUUGAUGGCACUAUCGCAACUAAGGAUGGUGCAAACAUCAGAAACUUCAAGGUGACAAGCACUGACGGCAAGUACUCCAGUUACCUAGCUCCAGGCGAUUAUUGCAUGACCCUUAUACACACCUCCAAGUUCUGGAUCUCCGGACCAGUUGGCACAGACAACAAGUUUGUCGAUGGCAAAUACUGCUUCACAAUGCCCGCAACCAACUUUGAUAUCAAGUAUGGUGUUAUCAAGUCUUGA